AGACCUAAAAAGAAAGAGAGAAGGUUUUUGAUCAGUAUACUAUGGAAGACCAAGUUGAAUGGAGCUCGGAGGACGGAUCUUGGGACAGUUUUUAUGUCAUGAGGUUGUCAGUCGUCCGUCGACUCCACCUUCCCACCGCCUCUUGUUGAAGUCUGCGAAGAAACAAAAAUCUCCGACAGGGGAGGGGGACUGAUAUCUACCAGAGAGGUACUACAAACUCAGGAGGAGGACUGAGAAAGAGUUGAACAUCGCCGUCCUCUUCCCCUACCGUCCCCCCAAGCGGUGGGGGAACGAUUAGAAACAUUUCUUAACGGGAGUAAGAAGGCGGAAAUAAAGGGAAUACAUAAACCCUGAGUGGAUAUACAGCCUCUUUUUUUUUUUUUUAAUUCGUCAAAAAUAUGGCCGAUAAUGUCCUGGAGUCUGGCCCGCCUUCAGCCAAGAGGCCCAAGCUGGCUUCUCCAGCUCUGUCUGUGUCUACCAGUGAUGGGAAUGACUUUGGUUCAUUCUUUGACCUGGAGCAUGACCUGCCGGACGAGCUCAUCAGUUCCUCGGACCCGGGGCUGACGAACGGAGGAGACUCCGGCCAGUUCCACACCAGCCUCGGGGGCCUCGGAGGAGGGGUUCAGGAUGCGGCCUCCAAACACAAACAGCUGUCGGAACUGCUGCGCGCUGGGGCGCCGACGCAGCCGGGCGCCCCCGCUUCCAACAGUGCCCCCUCCGCGGCUUCCAUGGGGAUGAUGGGGGGAGUCGGUGGACCUCAAGGCAUGCACCAUCAGGGCCAACAGCAGCAGCAGCCGCAACCUGGACUAAUGCAGCAGGUUGGCAUGGUGCCGAACAGGGCGACGGCCAUGAUGGGUGUCCAGAAGGGCACCGCUGGACAGCAGCAGCACCCACACCAAGGGCUUAUAGGGGGGCAGGUUGUGAAUGGCUCGCCCAGAAUGGGUUACCCUGGCAACACGGGAAUGGGUAGCAAUAGUAAUAUUUUGGCAGAGACCUUACAGCAGCAGCAGCAGCAGCAGCAGGGCGGUCCAACCCUGGGAGCUGGGGGUCAAGCGGGGAUGAGACCACAUCAGCCCGGUGCACUGAAGCAGAUGAAUUUGAUGGCCAACGCGGGGUCCUACGGUGGCCCAUACAGCCAUUCUGCUGGCCAGGGGCUGCCUGGAGAGGGGCUGGGCCCACAACUCCAGAAUAAAGCAGGCCUGCCCAGCGCUAUGGCCGCCCAGUUCAACAUGGACAAAAAGACACCUCCUGGUCAAGGCAUUCCGGGGAUGACUGCUCAGCAGCAGCAGCAGCAGUCUGGGGCAGUUGGUGGCGUGGCGGCAUCGGUCGGUGGGGCCCAGGUUGGACUGAACGCCGUCGGGGUGGGACCGGGCGCCACGCCCCCCACCGCUGACCCCGAGAAGCGGAAGCUCAUCCAGCAGCAGCUCGUCCUGUUGCUCCACGCGCACAAGUGCCAGCGGCGGGAGCAGGCCAACGGGGAGGUGCGGCAAUGCAACCUGCCCCACUGCCGCACCAUGAAGAACGUGCUCAACCACAUGACUCAUUGCCAGGCUGGCAAGUCCUGCCAGGUUGCACACUGUGCCUCGUCCAGACAGAUCAUCUCGCAUUGGAAGAACUGCACGAGACACGACUGUCCCGUGUGCCUGCCGCUGAAAAACGCCGGAGACAAGAGGAACCAGCAGUCUCUGCUCAACAGUGUCAGCUUAGUGAACUCUUUAGGCGGCGCGGGGCCAGGCGGGCAGUCGAGCGCUCCGAGCCUGAACCCUACCAACCAGAUCGACCCGAGCUCCAUAGAGAGAGCCUACGCUGCAUUAGGCCUGACGUACCAGGGCAACCAGAUGCCGCAGCAGCAACAGCAGCAGCAGCAGCAACAGCAGCAGCAGCAGCCGCCACAGGCCGCCAUGCCGAACCAAGUCCUUCACGGACAGCCGGGAAUGAGGACUCUGAAUCCACUGGGUGGUACCUCCAUAGGAGUGAACGGUGCCGUCGGGGUGCAGACUCCGAACCAGCAGUCUGCGCUGCUGCCGGACGCCAUGCUGCACAGCAUGAACGCGCAAAGCUUGAUGAACGACGGCGUCGGGAGCCUGGGCUCCAUGCCCACGGCCACGCCCCCUUCGGCCGCAGGGAUGAGGAAGUCUUGGCAUGAAGACAUCACGCAAGACCUCCGCAACCACCUCGUCCACAAGCUAGUGCAAGCCAUCUUCCCCACUCCUGACCCCGCGGCGCUGAAGGACAGGCGGAUGGAGAACUUGGUGGCCUACGCCCGGAAAGUAGAGGGAGACAUGUACGAGUCGGCGAACAGCAGGGCGGAGUACUACCACCUUCUGGCAGAGAAGAUCUACAAGAUCCAGAAGGAGCUGGAGGAGAAGAGGAGGACGCGGCUCCAAAAGCAGGGCAUGAUGCCCGGCCAGCCCUGCCUUCCCACGUCUGGCCUCCCACAGGGUCCGCCUGGCAUGGUCCAGCCCCCGGGGCCCCCAGGGCCGCCCGGACAGCCUCCCAAUGGUCCUCAUCCCGACCCGUCCAUGAUCAGACCUGCUGGUCCAAAUCAGAUGGUCAACAGGAUGCAGAACCCACCAGGAAUGACUCAGUUUGCUCAGAUGGGGAUGCAGAAUAUGGGUCAGAGGUCAACGCCUCCUCUUCCUCACAACCCUCAAAUGAACCAGAUGGGAAUGGGAGCAACACGGAUGGGUCAGCCCGGCGCCCCACAGCUUCAGACCCAGUACCUUCCUCCAGGCCAGUUUCCUGGCUCCAGUCCCGGUCUCGGUUCUGGUCCUGUUGGGAUGAACCAGCCUGGAGUGCAGGCUGCGGUGCCUUCUCAGAAUCAGAUGUCGACGCCUCCAUCCAUCCCCGCCAGCAGCCCGGCGGCGCAGUCCGCCCCCUCGGUCCCGUGCUCCGGGGGAUCUUUUGGUCCCUCCAACAGCAACGGUCCAGGGCCGCUGCCCAACCUCCACCCGCCCUCCACUCAACCCUCCCCCUUCCCUCACUGCCCGCCCGUCCGGACAAACUCCCCGUCGCCAGCGCGCAGCUUGACGCCCCAGCCGCAUCAGACGCCACCUACGCUGCCCCGCUCUCAGACGCCUCAGCCACAGACCCCGAACACACCGCAAGUGGCCACCCCGCAACACCCCCAACAUCAUCAGCAGCAGCAGCAGCAGCAACAACAACAACAAACGUCGCAAAUGCUGCAUCCCGCUCCAUCAGCUCCAAUGGCGAACUCCGAAAAACCCAACCAGUUUCCACAGCAAACGAUUGGUGGCGUUGCAUCUCCGGAGCCCCCGGCAGCUCAGAUUCCCUCGGUCCCGAGCCUGAAUGAUCACGCGCCGCCGCUGCCGCACACCCCACUCUCUGCUAAGACUUCCCUGACAGCCGAAGGACAAGUUUCGUCCCCGGCGUCAAUUACAAGCAGCUCUGACCACAACUCCCAGCUCGCUCCUGCAGAGGGCCUCGCUCAGAGCCAGGACAACAUCAAGGUAAAGGUGGAAAAGGAAGAAGAGGAGGAGGAGGAGGAGGAGGAGGAUGAUGCAGGGGGCGACACUGAGGGAAACAGCAAGGGGAAGAUGUGCAAGGCUCACUCUGAGGUGAAGAAAGAAGAGAAACCAGAGAUUGAGGACGAGAAGCCGCCAGGAGAUGCGCGUAAAGCUGAGCCCAUGGACACGUCGACGUCUUCUGGGUCGGCGGCGGGGGCGGCAUCGAGCGGAGACAAGAAGCUGGAGGUGAAGAAGGAGCCCAAAGAGGAAGAGCAGGGAUCAGGGUCACCAGCCACCAACAGCUCCUCAGCCAGCAGUCAGAGCAAGAAGAAAAUCUUUAAGCCGGAGGAGCUGCGCCAGGCCUUGAUGCCGACCUUGGAGGCAUUAUACCGCCAGGACCCUGAGUCCCUUCCCUUCCGCCAGCCGGUGGACCCCCCGUUACUGGGAAUACCCGUACGUAUUCGAACUAGUAACAAAACUAACCUGGACUACUUCGACAUCGUCAAGAACCCCAUGGACCUCUCGACCAUUAAGCGCAAGUUGGACACAGGGCAGUACGAGGAGCCGUGGCAGUACAUUGAGGACAUCUGGCUGAUGUUCAACAACGCCUGGCUGUACAACCGAAAGACGUCGCGGGUCUACAAGUACUGCUCCAAGCUGGCCGAGGUGUUUGAGUCGGAGAUCGACCCCGUUAUGCAGGAGCUGGGCUACUGCUGUGGGAGGAAGUACGAGUUUUCUCCCCAAACUCUUUGCUGCUACGGAAAACAAUUAUGCACCAUCCAACGCGAUGCUUCUUAUUUUAGUUACCAGAACAGUUCACCAAAAUAUGGGCUUCUUGCUGACAGGUACCACUUCUGUGAGAAGUGUUUCAACGAAAUCCAAGGCGACAGCGUUUCCCUGGGGGAUGACCCCUCCCAGCCUCAGACCUCCAUCAACAAAGACCAGUUCCAGAAAAAGAAGAACGACACGCUCGACCCUGAGCUCCUCGUGGAAUGUAUUGACUGCGGUCGUAAAAUGCACCAGAUCUGCGUUCUGCAUAAUGAAACCAUAUGGCCGUCAGGCUUCGUAUGCGGCAACUGCCUGAAAAAGGCCAAUAAGACGCGAAAGGAGAACAAAUAUGCAGCCAAAAGACUUCCGCAGACGAAGCUGGGGAACUACCUGGAGAUGCGAGUGAACGACUACCUCAAGCGGCAGAGCCACCCCGAGUCCGGAGAGGUCACCGUCCGGGUGGUCCACGUCUCAGACAAGGUGGUUGAGGUCAAGCCGGGCAUGAAGUCCAGGUUCGUGGACAACGGCGAGAUGGCCGAGUCGUUCCCAUACAGGAUGAAGGCCCUGUUCGCCUUCGAGGACAUCGACGGAGCCGACGUGUGUUUCUUCGGCAUGCACGUCCAAGAGUACGGCUCCGACUGCCCACCGCCCAACCAGAGACGGGUGUACAUCUCGUACCUGGACAGCGUGCACUUUUUUAAACCGCGACACCUGAGGACCGCCGUCUACCACGAGAUCCUGCUGGGCUACCUGGAGUACGUCAAGAGACUCGGGUAUACGACGGGACACAUUUGGGCGUGUCCUCCCAGCGAGGGAGACGACUACAUCUUCCACUGUCACCCGCCGGACCAGAAGAUCCCGAAGCCCAAACGGCUGCAGGAGUGGUACAAGAAGAUGCUGGACAAGGCUGUCGCUGAGCGAAUCGUCCACGACUAUAAGGACAUUUUCAAGCAGGCGACAGAAGACCGCCUGACGAGUGCCAAGGAGCUGCCGUACUUCGAGGGCGACUUCUGGCCCAACGUGCUGGAGGAGAGCAUCAAGGAGCUGGAGCAGGAGGAGGAGGAGAGGAAGAGGGAGGAGAGCAGCACCUCCAACGAGAGCACCGACGCCACAAAAGGAGACAGCAAGAACGCCAAAAAGAAGAACAAUAAAAAGGCGAACAAGAACAAGAGCAGCCUGAGUCGAGCCAACAAGAAGAAGCCGGGGAUGCCCAGCGUUUCCAACGACCUUUCCCAGAAACUCUACGCCACCAUGGAGAAACACAAAGAGGUUUUCUUCGUCAUCCGCCUGAUCGCCGGCCCCACCGCCAACUCACUGCCCCCCAUCACUGACCCCGACUCCCUCAUGGCCUGCGACCUGAUGGACGGCCGCGACGCCUUCCUGACCCUGGCCCGCGACAAGCACUUGGAGUUCAGUUCCCUGAGGAGGUCCAUGUGGAGCUCCAUGUGCAUGCUGGUGGAGCUCCACAACCAGAGCCAGGACCGCUUCGUCUACACCUGCAACGAGUGCAAACAUCACGUGGAGACCCGCUUCCACUGCACCGUUUGUGAGGAUUAUGACUUGUGCAUCACCUGCUACAACACUAAAGGCCACAAUCACAAGAUGGACAAACUGGGGCUCGGCCUGGACGACGACAGCAACAACCAGGCGGCGGCGGCCACUCAGAGUCCGGGCGACUCCCGCCGCCUCAGCAUCCAGCGCUGCAUCCAGUCAUUGGUCCACGCGUGCCAGUGCCGCAACGCCAACUGCUCCCUCCCGUCCUGUCAGAAGAUGAAGCGUGUCGUGCAGCACACCAAAGGCUGCAAGCGCAAGACCAACGGCGGCUGCCCCAUCUGCAAGCAGCUGAUCGCGCUGUGCUGCUACCAUGCUAAGCACUGCCAGGAGAACAAAUGCCCCGUCCCGUUCUGCCUGAACAUCAAGCAGAAGCUCCGGCAGCAGCAGCUGCAGCACCGGCUGCAGCAGGCACAGAUGUUGAGGAGGAGGAUGGCCACCAUGCAGCGGGUGGGCCAGCCUGCGGGGGCGCCGCCCGGGGGACCCAUGGUGGGGCUGCCAUCGCCGGGAGCCAACAGCGCCACGGCGCCCAGUACGCCCACGUCGGUCGGCACCCAGCCGCCGACUCCCCACACCCCGACUCAGAACAUGCCCCCUGUCCAGGCGCAGGGCAUGGGUCCUGGAAACGGGAUGCAGCAGCAGCAAGGAGCGAUGCCGACCCAACAUCCACUGAACCAGUUCCAGCAGAUGAGCGGCGGAGCGGCUGCAGCAGGAGGGAUGAUGAACUCUCCCCAGCAGCAGCAGCAGAUGCUUACUCAGAUGGCGCAGCAAGGCAUCCCGGGGGGCAACCCCCAUCCGCCGUAUGCCGCCAGACCGCCAGGCUCCUCGCCCAUCCACCAAUCCCAGGGGAAACCAUUGAUGGGCUCGUCGACGCCGCCUCAGCAACCCGGUGGGGGUGUGAUGCCCGGCAACGCGGCGGGGCAGCAGCCUCCUGGCCAGCCGCCCCCGUCCGGCCCCCCACCUGCAGCCGUGGAGAUAGCCCUGAAGAUCCAGCAGGUGGCCGACGCCCAAAGGAGGCUGGGCCUGCAGAGGCAAGCGGCGGCGGCAGCAGCAGCGACGGGCAUGAUGCCGUCUCACCCGCACCACCAGCCGGGUCAGCCGCCGCAGAUGGCCAUGGGGCACGGCGGCUCCGUGGGGAUGGUCGGACCGCAGGGGAUGCAGCCACAAAACCAAACGGCUGUAAGAGCCCACAUGGAUCAGCAGCAGGGUGCGAUGCAGGGGAUAAUGGCCGCUGGCGGGCACAUGCAGCAGCAACCCCCGCCGCAGGGUAACCUGCCACCACAGAGGAUGGGUGCGCCGCUGCAGAACCCGCAGCAGCCGCAGCAGCAGUGGACCGGACCAGGGAUUCCACCGCAGCAAAGGCAGGCGAUGAUGAACCAGAUGAGCCAUCAAGCCAUGAUGGCAGCGCAGCAGCAGCAGCAACAACAACAGCAGCAGCAGCAGCAACAACAACAGCAGCAGCAGUCGCAUCAGACAGCUCAGGGGCAUGCUGCCAUGAUGAACAUAGCGCAGCAGCAGCAAGGGUCUGCUGGGGGGAACAUCCCCCAAGCGGCUCUACAGGAGCUCCUCCGCACCCUGCGCUCCCCCAGCUCUCCGUUGCAGCAGCAGCAGGUCCUCAACAUCCUGCGCUCCAACCCGCAGCUCAUGGCUGCUUUCAUCAAGCAACGAGCCUCAAAAUACAAGGGCGGCCCCGGCGGAGCGGACGGCGUCCCAGGAGGGGGUCCAGGCCCCACUGGGGGGCCGGUUGGACACCCCAUGCCUGGAGUCAAUCCGCAGGUGAACAUGAACGCUGCUAGCAGCAGCCAGCCAGGGAUGCACAUGGGCGGUCAGGGAGGAGCCAACAUCAGCAUGGCUUCCAUGUCUCAGCUGCAGCAGGUGCAGCAGCAGCUGCAGCAUCAGCAGCAGCAGCUGCAGCAUCAGCAGCAGCAGCUGCAGCAGCAGCAGCAUCAGCAGCAGCAGUUGCAGCAUCAGCAGCAACAGCUGCAGCAACAGCAGCAACAGAGGCCGAUGCUGAGCAGUUUGCAGCAGCAGCAAGGGGUGGGGCGAGGUAUGCAAGGUCAGGGGUCGCAGAUGGGAAACAUCAACAAUCUCCAGGUGCGAGAGUUGCUUAUGAGGCGGCAGCAGCUGCAGCAGAUGCAACAGCAGCAGCAACAGAUGGGGAUGAAUCACGGUCAGUUCCAGCAGCCGCAGCCCCCCCAGGGGCAGGCAUUCAUGGGGCAGGGGCCCCCCGGAGGCCCCCAGGGGCCGCAGGCGCAGGGAUACCCAGGGUCUGCCCAGCAGCAGGUCACGGUCGCCCUGCAGCAGAGGCUGCAGCUCCAUCUGCAGCAGCAGCAGCAGCAGCAGCAGAACAGCAUGGCUGCCCUCCAAAGCAGCGACGCGGGUCCAGGAGGCGGAGGCGUUGCUCAGCAACCGCCUCAAGGCACGCAGCCUCCCCAGGGCGGGCCCACCCCUCCGUCUUCCCAGACGCAUUUCCAACAAACUCUGCCGCAGAGGCUGCUGCAGCAGCAGCAGCAGCAGCAGCAGCAGCAGCAGCACCACCUCGGCCCCGGCAGCUCGCCCGCCCAACACAGCAACCCCAUGAGCCCCCAGCAGCCACUGCCGCCGCAGCAGAUGGCACCGUCGCCGCACCCCCACCUGCAGGGCCAGGCGCUGCCGACGUCGCUCGCCAACCAGGUGCGCUCACCGCAGCCCUCGCCGCGGCCGCAGUCCCAGCCGCCUCACUCCAGCCCGUCUCCGCGCAUGCAGCCUCAGCCGUCGCCGCAUCACAUCUCGCCGCAGGUGCAGACGGGCUCGCCGCACCCGGGCCACCUGAACCAGCACCACCCCGGGAUGGUGGUUCCCCCGCAGCAGCAGCAGCAGCAGCAGCAAAGCCAGCAGCAGAACGCCAUGGAGCAGUUUGGCUCCGACCAGAGCGCCAUGCUCUCCCAGCUGAGCGGCAUGGCCAGUCUGCACGGGCCGGCUGGCGCCGGCGGUCCCGACCCGAUGGGCCAGAACAUGAACCACAACUCCUUAGACCACAUGUAGAGAGGCUCAGCGAAUCUCUGCUCAAACUGCACUCACCAAGGACAGUAUUAUUAUUCCUUAGCCUUUUUUUUUUUUUUUUUUACUAUUAUUAAAAAGUUAUUUAAAAUGUUUUCAAUAAAGAUGCAUUGAACUGAACUUCCUAUGGGAGAUGAACAAUAAAUGGAGCAGUUGUUAAAUGAGUUAGAA